AUGUUAAGGGUUACUUCGUUGCCAAAAUCAUUUGGCGAUUUGAAGCAUCUAAGGCAUUUGGACUUAAGUCAUAGUUCAAUUGAAGAGUUACCUGACACAAUAUGCAAAUUGCGUGAGUUGCAUACGCUGAAAUUGUUUGGAUGUAAGAGAUUUGCUCGCUUACCAACUAACAUUGCAACUGAUCUAAUCAAUCUAUGUUGUCUCGACACUGGGGAGACAGAUUUAGAAGAGAUGCUACUGCAAAUGUCCAAAUUGGAAAAUCUGCAAAUGUUACCAAAGUUUGUUGUCGGCAGAGAUAGCGGAUCCAAUAUUAAAGAGUUAGGCAAGCUUAAAUAUCUACAUGGUGAUUUUUGUAUUGCAAGACUUGAGAAUGUUGUAAGUGUUGAAGAUGCUUGGGAGGCAAAUUUGAUAGAUAAAGGGCAUAUUACAGGAUUGAAUUUAGGAUGGAAUGGUGAGAUUGGAGGUUCGGUUGAAGCCCUGGAGGUUCUUGAUAGACUCCAACCUCAUUCAGGUCUAAAGGAACUAGGUAUUUACAAUUAUGGAGGUACAAGGCUCUCACAGUGGGUUGGAGAUUCUACAUUUACUUGUCUAAAGAAGGUGAGGCUUGUUGAUUGUAAAUACUAUUGGAAUUUGCCUUCACUAGGACAGCUAUAUUCUCUGGUAUUGCUUGAGAUAAGGGGAUUGGAUAUGGUGACAAGGAUAGGGGAUGGGUUUUAUAGUGACGGUUCUGUAAUCACUAUGCCAUUCAAGUAUUUGGAAAGUUUAUUCAUUUCAAAAAUGGAAUCGUGGGAGGAGUGGGCAUUGGUAAAAGCGGAGGAUGGCAGAGUUUUCACAAACUUGAAGGAUCUUCGGUUGAAGAAUUGUCCGAAGCUGAAAGGGGCAUUAGGCUUACCUGAUUAUCUUCCAUCCUUGGAAACCCUUGGAAUAGAAGAUACAAGUCUUGACCUGGUGGCUUCACUCUCAAACUGUCGAUAUCCGUCGCUUAUACUAUUGAGAAUUGAAGGUUGUCGCAAAAUGAAGAAAUUUCCAGGAGGCACAUUGCCAUCCAAUAUACCAAACAUUUUAAUUAUGGAAUGCCCUGAACUGGUGUCACUUUCAGAAGAGGGACGACCAUCAAAUUUAAAGUCACUUGAAAUUGAAUGUUGUCGGCACAGCUUGCAGUGGAAUCUGGGAAUGCUCACCUCCCUUACAUCCUUAUAUAUCGGGUCCAUAUUUGAAGAAGAGAUGGAUGCAUAUCCAAAGGAGGAAGGACAACUUCCCACCAUUCUUACUUCUCUUACGCUUUCUGGUCUUUUCAGACUGAAAUCCCUGAAUGGCAGCGCCCUUCAACACCUCACCUCCCUUCAAUAUUUGUCCAUUGAUAGUUGCAAAGCAAUCCAGUGCUUACCACAACACGGGCUGCCCACCACUCUCACUUCUCUUUGCCUAUAUUGUCUUCCAAGCCUGAAAUCCCUAAACGGAGACACAUUUCGACAUCUCACCUCCCUUCACACAUUGGGCAUUCUUUAUUGCAACAAGCUCCAGUGCUUGCCACAAGAAAGGCUGCCCGAGUCUCUUUUGGAGUUGUAAAUCAUCGAUUGUCCAUUGCUAAAGCCACGAUGCAAGAGAGGGAUAGGGGAAGAUUGGCCUUACAUCCGUCACAUCCCUCUCAUAACCAUAGAUUACCAAGGCACAUGAUUGAUCGUGUACGCUCUUUCAAAAUAAAAACAAAAAAAGGUGGCUCAAAUUUUUUGAUCCCAAAACCACAAAACGAGUAAGAUUCUCUUUCUCUCUUGCUUUAACUAGAUGUAAUUAUAUUAUAUCUACUCAUUUAAUAUGGAGUUUAUUUUGUCUACCAUUAUUUGAGCAUUUCAGUUUUCAGGUAUUUGAUCCCUACUACCGCAGACUUUUUGAUUGUUUGAAUAGUGAUUUUAGGAUUUGAAUUCUUAUUCCCAGAAAGCAUCAAACUACAUUUGUUGCAAUUUCACCCACAUGGAUGUUGCAAUCUCAUCAGAUCCAUGCUUUUCAUUGAUAUAUAACAUGUGGCCAAGAUAUAUAUAGCAUUCAACAUCCUCUGCAUAAACCAUUUUGGAUAAACCAUUUUGGAUAAUUUACAGGAUUUUUAAAGCUUAUGACAACAAGCUAUGCAAUGGGAAUUCAAAUAUAUCGGCAGCUCUGUUUCUCUCUAUGAUGCACUCUUCCUUUCCCAUAUUAAACUUCUGUUUCAACUAGCAUCUAGGGGUGGGCAA